AUUGUAGUGGAUUCAGGAAUAUAUUCGACUACAGAAAGCGACUAUAAGGAAAUGAACUGGCUUUGUCAAUGCCCAACAUUUUCAAACCAUGACUAUUUCUGCUAGUCUCACAGCAAACAACAACAACAACAACAACAAUCUCUCUCUGUUCACAUCAUCAUCAAGACCCAUCAACUCAUUCAUCUCUGGAGCAUGCACUUGAAUAGCACUGUUGGCUUAUACUUCCCAGAUUCACAAAUCUUCAAUUGAAUUAUGCGUUCUUUCUUGGGCUGCUUUCGGUUGAAGAAAGCUGUACAUAAACCGGGGUCUGGAGAUCAUGCCAUUCUUGCUUCUGAAACAACUUUUACUGUAAAUGAAGUAGAGGCUUUGCAUGAUCUAUACAACAAACUAAGCAGUUCUAUAAUUGACGAUGGUCUUAUUCACAAGGAAGAGUUCCAACUUGCACUCUUCGACAACGGCAGCAAGCAAAGUCUCUUGGCAGACAGAUUAUUCGAUUUGUUUGACCUUAAGCAGAAUGGAGUUAUUGAAUUUGGAGAAUUUGUUAGAUCAUUAAGCAUCUUCCACCCAAAUGCUCCUGAAGCAGAAAAAGUUGCAUUUGUAUUCAGAUUGUAUGAUCUAAGGUGCACUGGCUACAUAGAGCGUGAUGAGUUGAAGGAGUUGGUAUUGGCUCUUCUGAACGAAUUGGAUUUGACACUUUCUAAUGAUGCGGUUGAAGCAAUUGUUGAAAAGACAAUCAUGGAAGCAGAUUUGAAAGGAGAUGGGAGGAUUGAUCCAGAAGAGUGGAAGGAAUUGGUAGCAAGGCAUCCAUCUAUAUUAAAAAACAUGACUGUUCCAUAUUUGACGGAAAUAACACUGGCAUUUCCAAGCUUUGUGCUGAACACUGGAGUCCAAGAGUCAGAACUAUAGCUUCCUGGAAAUGAAACUACUUUUGCAUACAUAGAUUCAAGUCACUAACUCUGGUUUUGAGAAGCACUGAACACAUCAUGGAAUUUCCAUAUGGAGAUUUCUGUAUAAUGUUUUCACUUGAAGAAAGUGGCACAAUAAAAGACUGUCAAGAGCCGAAGGUUCACUUACAUAUGGCUGUUUUGAUAGAGUUUUCUGUCUGUUUCAUUGUUGCCAAUGUAUGAACAAAGACUAAUUCUAUGUUACACACCUUUAGGACAAGUUUGGCAACACCAAAAUAAUCCAUCUUUUUAUUUUUUUAUCUUUUUUCCAUCACAUCACCUCUUUACUUUUCUGCACAUCUUUUCGUAAAAAGACAAAAAAUACACUUAUUUAAGUCAUGCCAAACAACCCCUUAAUUUCAAGUCUUGUGGUCUGAGAUUAUGAAUUAUGACAGCUUUGCUGGAAUUAUGCAUAAAUUCAGUGGUUUUUUUGCUUUGUUUUUUGGUUUUCCCAGUUAGGUUGAUUAAUUUGUUAAAAUUAUAUAUAACCAUCUUUUGGGGUAAAAUAUUAAUAAUAUAAAAACAAAUCAUUUAUAUGAUGUGAGAGAUGAUAAUUGAGGAAAUGAUGUGCCGCUGCUGUAAUCUUUACCAUUUCUGAGUGAGAAAAGAAAAAGGGUAAGGUGGGCAAAGGUUUGUCAUGGUAGCCCAGUUGUCAAUGCAUGCGAAACAAAACCUGAAUUUAAAUAAUGAACCUGGGUGAGCAAAUAAAAUUUACUAUUUUCACCCAGAAAUAAUAAUAACAACAACAACAAAUUGAGAAAGAAUAACAUUGACAAUAAUAUUAGCCCAAUCCAAAUCCAUCCAAGUACAAAUAAUUGGAACUUCACCUCAUGUAAUAUACUUAAUUUUCUGACAAGUGGUAAAGGUCAGGCUGAAAAUUACCCAAUCAUAUCUUUGGAAAUUUAGAAAGGAAAUAUGAUUUGCAAACAUAAAUUUUAUACAUAAAAGCUCACUGGCAUGAUAUGAUGUGGGUGUUUGAGAAGUGAAUUUUUAUGUAAGUUUUUUUAGUUAUAAAAUAUUAUUGGAUAAAA